CCUCCUCCUCCCUCUCUCUUUCUCAGCAAUCGCUUCGCUUCGGUUGCCAUUGACUUGUCGGUUUCACGGCGCGUAGAUACAGCUCUCCUGCAUGUUUACCCAGGUACAUUGAUUUAGCUAUUGGAGGAGUCUAGGGAGGGCUUGAGAUCUGCUGCUAUUCAUUCCAAGUCUGAGAACGGUGUGAUGGGCUUAUAAAACUCUGAACGUGAUUCGGUUGCCUGUCUCGGUAAUCGUUUUGCUUCGGACGCCAUUUAGUGGGUUCUACAACGUAUAGAUACCGCUGCCGUGCACGUAUACCCAGAUACUCCUGAGCUUGUUUGUUGGCUUUGUGUAUAAUGUGAGUCUCUGAAGCUCAAUUGUCCUCACAAACUUAUUUUGGUUGGAAUUUCCCUUGCUUAUCUUUGAAGCUGACCGAGGGUUUAGAAAUUAGGUUUGUGUGUAAGAUGAGAGAGGGCUUGAGAUCCAAUGUUAUGGCCGCAAAGCAAGAAAAUGUCAUUGUGUCUGCAAAUGGUAAUGUCGAUUCAGGCACAAGCAAGGGUGAUGAAAUCACCAGUGGUAGUGAGGGUGACAAAACAAAGAAAGAGCUAGAGUUAGAACCCGUGGAUCUAUCGCAGCUGGGUCAUCUCCCUUGCCCCCGGUGCAACUCGAUGGACACCAAGUUCCUCUUGUACAGCAACAGCAAACAUUCUCCGCCCCGGCACUGCUGCCGUUCCUGCCGGCACUCGUGGACUCAGGGUGGGACCCUGUAUAUUAAAGAUUCUUCUAUUGGCAGAAACUUUGAGCGUAGGUUUGAACAUAUGGAGCGAGGAGAAGAUACCAAUAUCUCUUCUGGCGAUGCUAAUGCACCGGGGCUUCAAAUUGGGAGGGAAAGAAGAAGGUUGGAGAGUUCUGAUGAGAAGGACAAAUAUUUAGAACAGGGCAAGAAGAGGGGACAGCAGCGCCCAACUCAUGGCCAGCGAGAGCCAGAUCAUGUCCCAUGCCUGCUGUGCAACUCCACCAACACAAAGUUCUUGGCCUACAACAACAACAAAGUCUCUCAGCCGCGGUACCUCUGCAAUUCCUGCUGUAAGACCUGGACUCGUGGUGGGACCAUCUACAAAAGGAGAAGGUUGGACGAUUCUGAGAGGGAGAAAGCUAUCGCAAUUUCAGGUCUAAAAAAAGGUAGUGAGAUCAACAAUACUGAUGGUUAUGAGAUGGUAGCGCAUUUUGUUGCAACUUUGACUGAUCCAGAAUAUGUCAAAGAUUCAUCGUGUGAGAUGAAGAGCAAUGGGUCUGAGAAUGAUAAAGUUAAUUCAGGUGUAGAAAAAGGCGAUGAAGCCAAAAACACUGAUGAUAACGAGAUGGUAGCACAGGUUGAGGGGAAACAGGAAGAGAAGAAACAUAGCAGUCAAGAUGCUGAUAGUAGUGUGCGUGGUGACAACCAUAGAGGUAAUCCCGAUGCUAAUGCUGUAACAUCUGGGCUUGAAGUUGGGAUAGGGCGGCAAGGGAUGGUAAGAAUAGGGAUAGGGAAUUCUGACGAUAAUGAGAAAGAUUUAGAAACGCGGAAGAACCGGCGACGGGGGCGGCAGAGCCCGCCUCUUGGAGCACACCCGCAAGAGCCGGAUCAUCCCCCAUGCCUGCGGUGCAACUCCACGAACACCAAGUUCUUGUACUACAACAACAACAAUCACUCUCAGCCUCGGUACAUGUGCUAUUCCUGCAGUAAGUCCUGGACCCACGGUGGGACCAUCAGAGGGAGCAGGGGGAAGAAGACAGGAACGGUGGAGAGUUCUGAUAAGGAGAAAGGUAUAGUAGUACGUUCCGGUCCGGAAAAAGGUGCUGAUACCAACAACACUGAUGGUAAUGAGAUGGUAGGGAAGAGAAAUAGGUCUGAGGAAUCUGACCAAACCAAGCACAAUGAGAAAGCUGAUGGUAAGGCCUAUGUUGAACACCAUACAGGUAAGCCUAAAAUUGGGAGAGGACAAAAGGGGAGGAAAAGGAAAAGGGUGGAGAGUUCUGAACGCAAUGGGGAUGAUGACACACUGAUAAAGAAGGUCAAGGAGGUAUCUUGUGGUGGUAAGGCUCAGGUUGUUGGUAGGAUUUUGAGGUCAAGGACACUGGCAACAAAUGGCGUUGAGAAGACGGUUGGUGUUGGACUUGCUGAAGGUGUUCUGGGGGUUACAGGGAGGAAAGAAGCUGAUGUUUCAGCCAAGAAUAGCACUGAAAUAGAAAACUAUCACAGUGUCCAAUUGAUUGACAGGCAAAAGAAGAAGAUAAAAGGAAAAGUGCAGGGGAAAAGCGGGCCGCUGAAGGCGAAGCAAAAGUUGGUGGGGUUCAGGGAAAAUGGCGAUAUACUGAAGUCCAAAAGGGUCUCUAGGGGUUCUAAGUUUCUGGACAAUGGAAAGCACAAUAGGUUAGCCAGUAAGUUACGUGAUUCGGGCCGGAAAUUCAUUGUGAAACAGUCAAAAGGGAGCAAGCAAAAGGAAGGGGGAGUUUGCAAAAGAAGUACUGAAAAGCAGUUUUUGAGGGAUCGAAUAAUGGCUAUGCUUACGAGUGCAGGCUGGACAAUUGAGCGUAGGCCCAGGUCCGGCAGAGAGGAGGGCAGAGAGUACUUCGACGCUGUAUAUGUUAGUCCUGAAGGACGUGGUUUGUGGUCAGUCACCUUGGCUUAUAAAGUUCUUAGAGAACAAGUUGAAAGUGGCGAGGCUGAUAGUAGGGCCCUUGCUGCAUUUACUCUGAUACCACAAGAGGAAUUAAGCAAAUUAUUUAGGACAACAAAGAAGAAAAUGGGACUACAAAAGGGAUUGAAGGGAGAAAGAGAGGGUGCAAAUAAGAAACACAAAGGAGUUACUCAAAAGAAGAAGUUUAAAAAGAACAAUGCUAAGAGAGGAACAAAACAGAAAUCGUCAGACAGUGAACAAGACGUUCCAGCUAAUACAUCUCAGAGGGGAAUGCAAAGAUCACAUCGCAGGGAGAGACAAAAUGGAAAGAGAUAUGCUCUGGUGGGUCGUCACUCGAAGAAGGGGUUGGAUCCAGACAGUGAAGGCUUUGUACUAUAUGAUGGGAAGCGCAGUCUUCUUUCGUGGAUGAUUGACUUGGGAACUGUUCCUCUUAGUGGAAAGGUUAAAUAUAUGAACCAUAGAAGGACUCAAGUAUUGCUUGAGGGCAGGAUAACCAGAGAUGGCAUUCAUUGUGACUGCUGCAAUGAAACCUUUGCUCUCGCGGAAUUUGAGUCUCAUGCUGGAAGUAAAGUCACACAACCAUUUGAGAAUAUUUAUCUCGAGUCAGGAAGUUCCCUUUUCCAGUGUCUAGUAGACUCGUGGAGCAAACAUGAUGGGUCUGAAUGCGUUCGAGUCCAUUCUGUUGACGUUAAUGGCGAUGAUCCAAAUGAUGAUACAUGCAACAAAUGUGGGGAUGGUGGGGACUUAAUAUGUUGUGAUGGCUGUCCUUCAACUUUUCAUCAAAGUUGCUUAAAUAUACAGAAGUUUCCUUCCGGUGACUGGCACUGUGUGUAUUGUUCUUGCAAGUUUUGUGGCAUGGUUGGGAGUACAUGUCAGAGUGGUGAUGCAACUGGUUCUGCAUUGCUAACGUGCCGGUUGUGCGAGGAAAAAUACCACCUACUCUGCAUUCAGGCAAACGAUGCUGUGCAUGUUGAUUCUGAUCGUCCGUCUUUUUGUGGAGAGAAAUGUCAAGAGGUCUUUGAGCGACUUCAGGUGCUUCUUGGGGUCAAAAAUCGACUGGAAGAAGGAUAUUCAUGGACUCUUUGUCAACGUUUUGAUGUCAGCCCACAAACAUCUGUUCCUUCAAAAGUUGAAUGCAACUCCAAGUUAGCUGUUGCAUUGUCUAUUUUGGACGAGUGUUUUUUGCCAAUUGUUGACCCGAGAAGUGGAAUCAACAUGAUUCGUAAUGUUGUCUAUAGUUGUGGGUCCAAUUUUACUCGGCUGAACUACGCUGGUUUCUUCACUGCUAUUCUAGAGAGGGGUGAUGAAAUUAUCUCAGCGGCAUCCAUAAGGAUUCAUGGGAAUCACUUAGCAGAGAUGCCAUUCAUUGGGACUCGGCAUAUUUAUAGGCGUCAAGGGAUGUGUCGUCGGCUACUAAAUGCAAUUGAAUUGGCUCUAUGCUCGCUUAAUGUUGAGAAACUGGUUAUACCUGCAAUCUCUGAACUGCUACAAACGUGGACUUCUGUUUUUGGUUUCAUGCCCCUUGAAGAAUCAAACAAGAAAGAAAUGAAACACAUGAAUAUGAUAGUGUUCCCCGGUGUAGAUAUGUUAGAGAAACCUUUGUUGAGGAAGAGUAUUGGUGGAGAGAGUCUCAUUUCCACUGCAGGUACAAUCUCCACAGAACGCAGAAUCGAACAGCAAACUUCAAAUGCUCCUGGAAAAAGCGAUAUAGCUGCUGCUGAAUAUGAUGCAUCUGAUGUAACAUGCGAGACAGUGAACUUUCAGGACUUAACCAUUGAAAAACAUACCCAUGACAAUCAAGAGUGUGAAAAAACACAAAAUAAAGAUUCAGAGUCUUCUGGCGGAGAUGCUCUUGAACUUGAUUUACAACGUACUGUGGAGGAACUGAAUAAACAAAAAAGUGCUCAGAAGUUAACUCAUGUUUCCACGAUCAUGCCUGAUGCUACACAAUUGGGGGGAUCUCUUGAUGGUAAACGGAAGGAAGGUGCUGAUCAUGAACUAAAUGGAGAAGUUAAAGCUGUCUACCUUUCUGCUGAAAUUAUGACUCAACCCCAGGAUGCUACACUGUCUUAUUCGAAAGAGGAUGUUGCCCAAAUUCAUGAACUGGAAAUUGUUUCUUCAGUUCACCAUAACUGCUGUCCUCUUGGCGGGGCUUUUGAUGAUGCUACUAAACCUGGUUCCCAAGCAUCUCAUAUUCGUUAUGGACUUUGCAAGUCCUCUGGGUGCCACUCGGGUGUUGAUGAAUAUGAUACUACUGCAGUAAAUAAAGUGGAUGCCUUGAAUCAUGUUGUUGAGGUGGGUCAAACUUCUAUGGUUACUGUGAAAGAUAUCCAUGAACAGAAAGAAGAAUUCGCUGCCGCUCAUUCUGAUUCCUGUUCCAUUGAUUUGAAUUCCGUUCCCAGCAGGCCUCAAGCUAGCAUUCACUGUUCUAAGGAAUCUGAGUCUGGUUGUCAGGUAGGCCACAUCCUCCUGGUCUAGCUUGCCCUGUACCUCUCGAUCCCUCAGAGUCCUAAUACAUCUGGUUUUCAUGAGGUAGAAUCACAUAGAUUGUUGAAGAGUGGAAAACUUUGCUAACUUCAUGUAGCUUAAUGUAGAAGCGAGUUUGCUUGUCGUAGAGAUGUAGUGGUUGCUGUUUCGAGGCCACAAUCUUAAUGGAGAAUCUGCAUCUUUUUGGAGAUUGGGAAAUUUGUUAAUUACUCUCCUUUUUGAAUAUUAUGGGAAUCAGUUCGCAGAAGGAUAGCAAGAAGAGAGACACAUCAAGUUUCAACAAUCUGAGUAAUAAUUUGUUGCAACCUUCUUUGAGAAAUGUGAAUAUUUAAACUUGAGAGGCCAGAACGAAAGUUCUUUUUGAGUAGGGGUGGGUUGCAUCUAAUGUUGCAUCUAAUUUCAGUGCCAUGUAGAAAAGCACAGGAAUAUUUUGCUGAGUACAUACUCUUAUCUCUUGACUAGGAUGCUGCUGGUAAAGGUAGUAAUGCAUCAUAACAAGGGGAGUGUCCAAACUGGAGCUGAUGUAAUCAUUUUUGUAAUUAUCUUUUUCAUCUUUUGGUUUGCGAUAUUGUGGACUUGCUAUAAGCCUUUUGGAAUUGCAGAUGGUAAAUAUUUGUAACUUAAUAGUACUAUAUUUUCUUAGAGUAUCUCAAAUGCCUUACUAUUUCUUUUAA